AUGACUCUAAAGGUGUACAAUUAUUUGUUCGAGGCGGUUCUGUUUCCUGAUGAAGAAUUCGAUAAUCAUGUACUUUUCCUUGAAAAUGAAUUUCAAGUAGAUGUGCUGUUUCCUGAAAAUUAAGAUUCUAACUUCUCCCUUAGAGAGGAUUAGAGGUUGCUGAGGAGGAAGGGCAUCCAGUUUGGACUAUGUAAAACGUAGUUGAAGGUGAUGAAUUUCCUGCUUAAUUAGUCUGAAAGUUACAAUUAGCUAAGUCUGUAGCAGAAGUAGUAGUUUGAUCACAGAGAAAAUUUGUUUGGUUAAUAAUAGAAAUUCUUACUUAUGAUAGACGAGUUUGAAGAUUAAUUUGAAUAAGAAAUCAAAUUAGAUGAAGAAGAAGAACUAAUUCAAAAAUUAUUAUUAGAAAAAAAGAAUCAAUCUCACAUCAGACAUUAUAAAAAGCUGUAAGUUUUGCAUCAAGGGUUGUUAGUGAUUUAUUGGAACUACUCCCCUCCUAACGUAAUUUCUUUAUGA